AAAUUUGAAUAUAAUGUCCAAGAAGGAAGUUCAAUAACCAUAAGGUAUAAUGCCACGGUUUCUAUUGGCUGUCUUGCAACUGAUCUCUUACCAUCGUGUCGACAGAAAUUCUACGUGUCGUUACCAGCAUAUCAGGACCGUUAUCAGUGUAGAGCAUCUCAAUAUGAUUUGCACCUACGCAGACAACCAUGUGGAUUAGAAAUAUAUGCCAAUGACUGGAAAGAACCGAUUGAAUUGGUGGUUCAUGGUAAAACAAAUGGACUAAAUGUUGAAAUGGAUCGAACAACAUUCAUUCAUUUGAAGAGUAUAAUAGAUUUACCUACAAAUGUUUGGAAUGAUGCAAGGAUUCCAGAAGUAAAGGUUGUUGUUUCAAGAGCUGUGUACAACAUGACAGGCCGACAGUGCCAUUCAUACAACGACCCACAUAUACGAACAGCUGACGGUACAAAGUUUGAUACCACUGAAGAAGGCGAAUUCAUAAUGUACAGAAGUAAAAGAGGACCGUAUGCGGUACAUGUCCUUUUUGGGAGUUGUGGAACGGAUACAGCACUUGCAUCAUGCAACUGUGGCGUUGCAAUUAGAAAUAACCAGUCAUUGUUUCUAGUGCGUACUGCAUGUGGAACCGGAAGUAAUACUGUUAAAAUGAACAUUGGAUCACCCAGUCCAUACAUAGAAAGGAGAAAUUGUGAUCAGACCUCUAUGAUAAUUGAGCAGUAUGAGAAUUUCUAUCAGGUAACUCUUCCAACUGGAACAGAAAUUGAAUUCUAUAUUUCAAACGGCUUCAUUCCGGUCUUAAACAUAAAGCCAUCUGUAAUUGAUGUCGGAAACACAGAAGGAUUGUGUGGUUUCAUUAGCCCUGAUGGAAACGCUAAUGAUGAUCUUAUUUCAAGAGAUAGUCCAUUAAUUGGAUCAGAUGUUCCAGUUUUUGUAGCUUCUUGGAGGGCAACAUCAGAUGAAGAACUUUUUGUUAUUGAACCGAAUCUGCCAAUUACAUAUCCAUUUUUGAAACAGUUUUGUGACUGCCACGUAGAUGAUUAUACCAGCAAUUAUGAAAACAAUUUCAACACAGUUGAUUGUAGUUUAUCUGAGUCUAUGGUUCCAUGUCUUCAAAUUCAAAAUUCACAUUUUAAAUCUUUUGAAAACACCUGUGAACCAAGCAACAAUAUAAGAAGGAAAAGAUCAUCUGGCAACCAAUACGUUAAGUUUCCAGUGAAUGAUCCUGAUGAUGUCAUGGACACAUACUGGACCGAUAACAGAAACGAUUCUUUUGAUCAACAGAGUGUUCCACAGUCCAGGUGGAAAAAUGGUUGGAAUUGGAAAAAAGCACGACCUGAAUGUGAACACCAAUUAACAAAGAGAAUAUCACCUGAUAUAUUUACAUUCGUCCCGAUGUUAACUAUAAAAGAUUACAUAGAGUCCUGCAUAACAGAUAUUAAGUCAGCAGGCGAUACCCGUUUCCUGACGGAUACAGUAAUGGCCAUUCAGGUAUUUAGCAAAAAAGAAGCUUAUCGAUAUAAUUCGAUGAACGAUGUUAGUAUGUUGUUUCAACGUGUCAACACGAUGUUGUGUGUAGAAAAUUGUAAUGACAAAGGUCAAUGCAUCUCAGGCAAAUGUUUAUGUAAUGAUGGUUAUAUUGGAUUAAGUUGUUCUUUUCAUAUAUCGAUACCUCCUCAGGUUCUGUCUCUUCCUGCAGAUGGUUUGUGUGACAGUGUAGCUAGACCGUGCAGAAAAACAAAUAUUUAUGGAGAAUUUUAUUCAAAAGAUAUCAUCUGUAAAAGUGAAUACUUUCUUAUUAAAAGUAGCCGAAAAGAUUAUAAAUCAUCAAACUCAACAUCUAAAGCCCUAUAUAGAAACUUUUUCAUGGUCACUUGUGAUUUUGAAGAGCCUACAAAUGAAGUUUUAGACAAAAGUGCCACAAUUGGAAAAGGUUUCGACAUAUCCUUAUCCUAUGAUGGAAUUCAUUUCAGCAGAACUCUCAGUUUAGUUAUCUUUGAUCCAUCGUGUAUGAGUUGUAGUUCAAGGCCAAUUUACUGUCAUAAGAAGAGUAAUUGUGGUGGUUAACAAUCAUGGUUAAGGAGGUGAUAUCCAAUGAGAACAUAUUGUGCUCCACAACAUAUAAUUGCCGAGUUGAAUGUAGUCAUCAAACUGAGUCUCCCAACAAAUUUCAUUGAGACGCCAUGUCAUCAUUUAAGUAUCAAAUACAAAUGUAUUGGACAUUAUCUAAAGAAGGAUAUUGCUUUCUUCAAUUGCACAUAUACAGCACAUUUUACCCAUAAUUUGUAUAUUGUAUAAUUGCUAACUCUUAUCAUCACUAUAUAUAUGCACAUUUAUGAUAUUGUGUUAACUGUGUUAAACGAUUAAAACAAUUAUAUCGCUGUUUAA